AGGGCGAUAGCCCGGCGAUAGGUCGUGGUAAGCGACACGUCACGAGGUCAACGAGGUGUGAUAAGCUUCCAAAAUGUCAACCUGGUUCAGUGAAUUCAAAGAGGAACCUAGCAAAAUCUUAGGGUCUCGUCGUGUCCAACAUUCAGAUUUAUCACAUUUAGAGCUCCUGAUACGUCCGACGACUCACGAAAUUUUCGGAGAUAUAAAAUUGGAACAACUCUACGAGACUUGUUGCCUCUCGGUGCUCCAACAUAACGAAAGACACGACAUUGUCUCGGGGAUAUGCCUCUGCAAUUACCCCAAUGUACCGUCCGUAUCACCGUGCGAUUGGUUGACCUGGUUAAAAACGAUCUAUGGUAUUUCCGCUGCCACGGAAAGGAACACAAUGUUCGUACACUUGCUGGUAUGGGACGAGCGUUACUCGAACGAGUUUCUCGGGGAACUUUUGGCUGCGGUAUUUGAUAAUACUACCUAUUGCCAGUAUGUGAUCCUCGUGGUACCUCCUCGAGUUACCCCAGUGAAUUCGAGCGUGUUCGAACGGGAGAUGACCAAAGUCUUGGCUAAGACCGCCGUGCGAGAUAUCGCGGUGCAAUUUCUCUAUCUGAUCAAUCGACAUCGAUUACGUCCAAAGUUGAAAAUACGGAGAGUCGUAGAACAAGAUAACGACGACGUGAUAGCAAUUGUCGACGGUGAAAGUACGCAUUUAAAGAAGCUUUAUGGAGAGUAUUGUAUCAGUGAGAUGAUUCGUCAUCCGAGCAGCUGUCGACAAUUGAUCAUCGGCGAGGAUAUCGAUGGCUCGGCAGUGGGCGUCAUGUGUCUUAAUACCAUGGUUGAUGUCGAUCUGCUGAAUGAGAAUUUCGAGUUGACGCCAUACAAUGGUCUAAAAAAGCCGCAAGGAAACGCUUUGCCCGCUGUUAGAUGCAACGAGAUAUCUCUCACGUAUCCGACGUUGAACGGCGAAAUAAACGUCUUCAUUUUGGAGAUGUUUGCGACACGCGAUGAAAUGAGGCCUCAUUGGUCUCACGAUUUCUUAGAGGCUGCUUUCGAGUGCUUCCCGCAUUUAGAGUACUGCGCAAUUCUACUUCCUUUCUCGCAUCCAUACCAUCAGUUUCUUCAACAUUUUGUGCGCGUGCCAUUGAGAUGUAACAGAGAUUUCCCGAUGACGCUAUACAUUAUACAUCGAGUGAUUCUUCGCGAGGAGAUAAGAUGUCGCCGUGCUGAAGUACAAGAUCGUGAAGUUAUAGAGAAACUCUUAUUUGCUACAUCAACAUUAAGACGCGAGAUCCUGGCUGAUUUUGAUUUGGCAAUGAAUUCUCUACAACUCGAUUUAGAUUGUUUCGUCUUCGAAAGUAACGAUAUGAUGCUAGGACUCGCUAUACUGUGGUUAUUACGUAUAUUCCGACUAGUAGUUUUUCAUCGUGAAAGCGUUGAGAGGCAGAUAAAUUUCGUUACGAAUCAUUACCAUAUAGAGGAUUACGUGUCUGUGCAGAGUAUUUCUCAAAAUGAUUACGGACGUCUUUUGCAUUUCGUUCUCAUGCCAAUUUUUUCUGCUUACUAUCGCUUCUUCUUCCGCGAGAUCGCACGUUUAAGCGAGUUAACGGUAAUCUUUUAUCGGCUUUAUCGUGAGGAUGAGAGCUCAUUGCCAUGGAUGUAUCCUUUGAUAGCCUGUUUGAACGAUAUGAUUCCGGUUGAUCCUCGUAGACAAGCUGAAUACGAAUUCCCGAUUAUUCGGGAUAAUGAUCUCAAUAACUGCAGUGAAAAUAACAUAAAAGACGAAAGGGAUGAUGCCGAUGAAAGGAAUGAUGAGUUUUCUCUAUUCAUGAUAUCGCCGAGACUAGCAAUGAUGCCACGUACAAUUAUCGAUACAAGAAUCGUUGUCGUUGGAGCAUCAAACUGCGGAAUUGCUUUCACGGAGUAUCUGACUUUACGAUUAACACAACGUUAUACACAAUUGACAAAUGUUACGCUGAUAUCACCGCACGGUAUACCAUUCGAUAACAAUGAAUCGAAUCGUGCAGACUACUGUGGAUGCUUGCUUCCAUUCCGAGGAAGGUUUCACUCGCGAUAUCGUCGCUGUGUAGCCGCACGAACUUGGAUCAAUAUCGUCUAUGGAACUAUGACAGCGAUCAACAGAAGGGAGAAAUAUGUGACUGUGAUGAACCAAGGAAAUUUCUCGUACGAUUAUUUGGUCUUAACGUGCGGUUUGCAGUAUCAGAACUCGACAUUACGGGAAAAAAUGAAAACGCAGAAGCAAAAACAAAAUAAGGUGCAAGACCAGCUGCAAGUACCAUGGAAUUGUCUGAGCAUAAACGACGAUAUGGAAGCUUUUACUUGUAUUAAAAAGAUUCGAUGGUUAACAGGGAACCUUAAAGAAAGGAAAGCGAUAUUUCUUUACGGACGUAAUACCGAUUGUUACUGUGCACUUGGCGGUUUGAUUAAGCUCGGGAUAAAGCCUUCAUGGAUCACAUUGAUCGAACCGAGUUCCUUGAAGUCCUGUGAAACGCGCGACCAAGCUUUAUUUCACGAUUACCAAGUGAACGAAAUGGUGACAAAUGCCAUUUUACAAAGCGGAGUUGAAAUUUUUUCCAAAUGGAACAUGAUCGAUUGGACUCUGCAGAUAAAAAAUGACGAUGCAAAACUCAUGAUUGAGAGUGUCACAAUUGAAAGAGAGGGCGAAACAAAAAAGUUGACUUGUGACGUUCUUUUCAACUUCUAUGAGAAAACGAUCGAUUUAAACGCGUUUUUAGCAUUCUGUCAAGCCGAUCUUAUUUUCGAUGGUUCACUGAUAAUAGACUCACAGUAUCGGACCAACGAUCCGUUUAUUUUCGCCGCUGGUACUGUGACGAGAUAUUCUAGAAAAUUUUACGCCAACGUAGGACAGCACAAACAUUACAACAGCAUGGAAAUCGGAGAGAGACUUGCGCAAAUUUUAUGGAAAUUGAUUGAGUGGGACGUGCAAGUUUCCGAACGAAUGUCAAAGAAAGAGAUCAUGUAUUUGACAUCAUCAACAUUCCGUGCACCUGUCGUAAUCGCUUGUAUUCUGCCGGGUAAUUACUAUUAUUUGCAUGUACGUAGACCCGGAAAGACAACUUGGGAUAACACAGCCUGCAAAAUUAGUCUCAACCAUUGUGAUAAAGUAUUUGUAACUGGUUCUCGCAAAUCUGAAAUUGGAUACUUUCGCAUCCAAUUAAACGGCAUACGAUCUGUGGAAAGUAUAACCUGCGUAAGCAGAAAGACAUUCCGAGUGCAAGACAUGAUUGCUUUGUAUGGGAAACAUGAAAGCAUGUUAAACGAAUUGAAAUUCCGUUUUCGAAAUUCAUGCAUUUCGGAUUUCUACACCUACUUUUGCGAACCUUGGGCCGCGGCGAUUUUCCAUAAUAGAUUCGACUGCCUGCGCGUCGAAAAUCGAGCUGUUUUAUUCUCGCGAGUGGAUGAUUCGACUUUGAUCGACGAUUGCGUUCGCAUAUUAGUCAAGUCAAAGUGGAAAACAAUAUCUGAAAAGGAUCGACGUUACAUCGAAUCUAGAUACGCUGGCUCGACUUAUCAUCAAAAACUCGAGAACAAUCUCGUGAAUUUUCUCGAGUUUUACGAGAAUGAUCUACCGAUGUAUUGUAUUUUGCGUAAACAGCGCCAAAUGUAUAAGGACAUUGCAGAAAGUCCGUUAUAUUUUGACCAAUAAAACAUUUUUACGAUGUCUCUCGGUAAAAGAAUUUGUGAAGUGAGAGAAUUAA